CAGUGCCAACGUUCUCUCAGGCUCAACCCGAUGCGGAGCCAAGUCCAGACAGGGCACAGAACUGUGCCUCGCGAGAAAUCAUUCGCCAACGAGUCGCAGAGUGGAGCAAAGGUCUCUAGCGGAAACAGAAAUCAUCCAGCAGAACACGGCAUCCAAUUAGAAAUGAACAAGGAGUUCAUCACCCAGGGUGGUUUGCCCAUAACAUCCGAAUUGGCAACGGAUCUGCGCAAUCUGAUCUUUGGCACUGCCGCCAUCCCCAUGCGUGCCGAGUGGCUGCAGACGUCCUUUGUCUUUGGAGCGCCCAAGGAGGAGCUUGCAUACGGCCUUCGAUCGCCCCGAAACGCCACCCGUGGCCUGCUGUCCGUCGUCCAAGGAUUCGUUCUCAAGUAUUUGCUCUUCGCCCGCAAGACCAGCCGUGUGGCUGCCCUCACCGACCCGCUCCUGGCCAACGCCGAGAUGCAGCGGGAAGCCCUCUUCUGUGCCCUGGUGGAGAUACUCCGAACCAUUUCGGACAAGGGAAAGGUGACCAUGGUACUGCCGUCAGAGGACGAGGUCUUUGUGGAUCACAGUGCCAGCUACUUCCACGACUCGGUAACCGAGAAGCUCUAUGUCUUUACCCUGUCGCCCAACGAGGAGCUAGAGCAUUUUAUGAAGCGGAAUUUCAAAUACUUUUCAGAGGAAGAGACCCCUGGCACUCUGCUGUUUCUUUAUAGCGCCGUCCUCACGCGAUCCAUGGGAAAAGUUCGCACGGACCUGGACUCCUCGAAAUCCUCGCCCCUCACAAUGAGCAACCACGAGGAGGGCUCUCUGAUGAUUGUCACCUUGUUGCUGACGGGACGUGCCACGCCCUACAUACACAACGGCGUCGUCAAUGUGGGCGAUGAAAGUAGCUAUGCGGUUCCGCAGUACGGAGUGCUCAAACGAUGUAUGAUCGGUCUGCUGCUGUGGGACAUCGAGUCCUCUAGCGCAGCGGUUAAUCAAUCCCGACAGCCGGGCUCACGGCUCAAGACGCCCAACUAUCCCAUCUGGGUAACGAGCUGCACAGGCCACUACGGCGUGGUGUUCAACCGGAAUCCGGACCUGCUGCGCAACUACCACGCGGAGUCGCGCUUCGAUGUGAACUACUACAGCUGUUCGGGGCAUCAGAUACAGAUGACCAUCGACAAUCGCACGUACAAUGAGCAGGCAUUGGUCAUGUUGGAGCGGCAACCAAUCACACCGGAGGGUACCUCGAUGGCGGGAAAGCCAGCCGGAAAGGAUGGAGAAGCGAGCGCUGCCGCUGCUCCGACUCCGGGUGGAGGUGCUCCUGCCGGUGGCGGUGUGGGUGCCGCUAGCGGCGGCGGUGUUGGUGGUGCUGCUAGUGGCGCUAGCGGUAGUAGCGAUGUGGUCGCCAAGGAGGAGUCAACGCUCAACACGCCGUUGCAGCGUUUGAUUCGUACCAAGUGGGAAGAGGCAACUAUAAGCUUUCACGUGCAGCCAUCGAUGUUGAGUUAUCUUUUUAGUACCACACAGUAGAGUGCACUCCGGAUCGAGUCGAUCGGAACUAGGAAUCGGUCACACCCGAUACCCGAGAAACUGUAGGAUCAGCCCGACUACUUUCAAACCCCGCAAGUGAUCUUAUCUUAAAUGUGAAUUUUGCAAACGCUUUCUUUUCGAUUGAUUCGAAGCUCUCCCGUUUGAAUAAGAUCCCUGCAAGUCUUGUUGUCCGCAUGUAAGCUUGGUAUGUUGUCUCUUGAUCUAUGAUAUAAAUCGACUUUCUUGGCGAAUGACCAAUGCACAUAAGGUUUGUUUCUUAAGUUCCAAGUAGUCACAAUUGAUAAUAGUUUUCUUAUCUCAAACUCUACUCUACUCUACUCUACUCUACGUAGAACCUAGAUGUGUUUAAAAAAAAGUUACAAAGUACAUAUUAAGAAGUUUCCGAUUCAAUAUUUUACUAUUUGCAAAUUGUUAAAGGAACGAACCCGAAAAGAAGGGUAGGAUCUACUAUAUUACAUAAAAAUAGUGACCAGAUUAGUGCCAUUUAAUGUAAGCUUUUAGAUGAUGCACUGUCCUCUCUUAUCUGUAGAACUCAUACGAUUAUCCCGCACUCUUCCUAGUAGAAUCCUACUGUUGCUGUGCAUCCGACGAAAAUUCAGAAUUGGUACUUUAAAAGAUACAAAAAAAAGUAUAUCUGAGAGCAGAGAUUCGAACCAGCUUCGAAGUGCCCAAACAGCGAUGGUAAAUACACGUAAAAUAUUGCAAGUAUCUGAUCGAAUGCGAACCAGCCAUGGCAUAUGUCUGAACAGUUGAGAAAACUUUCAGCAAAUGGGAAAUGCUGGGACGAGGCCUCUCUUUACGCGAAGAGCGACUGCAGGAACUCUAAACCAGUUGAUUGAUGCUGCCGCCUGGAGCCACUAGUCGAUACAUAACUCUUAUAUAUAGUAGAUCGCCAACACGCUUCGAUUACUCCAGUUGCACUUUCCGGUUAAUAAGAAUACGACAUAUAUAUCUUUGUUUCGAAAUAAAUUCCAUGUAUAGAUUCUCGA